CAAUGGAGGGGCAAACCGACCUAAAAUACAAACUGUCCCGGAGAUCUCGCGAGAGUGGGACGCGCUCUCGGCGAUCACUUCCGUUGUCAAUUUUCACAUUCCCGCCAUCAUCGCGCAGUGUUGCGAGGCGUCGUGUGCGGGGUCCACUGUCAACAACAUACGUAUCGGGGAGCAGGUGAAUGCCGGCGAAACUAAACUUUCUGCCCUCGGAGGACCCGCGGAGGACGGCGCUGUGGUUUAAAAGUUCCGAGGCGACCGCGCGCCGUCGACAGGAUUUGUUUUGAUCACACGCCUCUCCACAAAGUGCACCAACUGGGACAGCAAGCCAUGACAACCAUCGUGCCCAAACUCUCCAGCGGUGGCGCUGUAAAGAUCCGCAUCUCCAGCCUGGACCUGGGCACCACCAGAUGGAAAGAGGGAACUUUUGAGAUCCUGGAGAAGGAGAACAAAGUCAGCCUCUGUAUAAGAUUCAACUGCGGCGGCGCUUCCAAAACCUUCCAGCUGAACCAGAACUUGAAGAUUGUGCACCAGAAUUUGAGUCGAAUCAUGCUGACUUUGAAGGACAACAACGUUAUCAUCCUUGACAAGAUACCGCCAACUUUGCUUCAGAAGACUAAAGAAUACCUGGAAAAGCUGAAGCUGGGAAAGCCAAUUUUAAAAUCAUCCCACGGAAGUGCAAACUUCAGCGUGCUGGGGAACCGCUCUGCAAAGAAUGAGACCAAUCCGUCAGGGGAGAGACAGACAACGCCGAGGCGGCAGAGUGCAGAAGGCAGAGACGACACGACACCCCGAAAGCCCCUGGGCAGCCCGAGCAGAGCCGCCUCCACUCCCACUCGCACCGGACUCUCCGAGAACAGGAGCGAGAAGAGAAAGAGACACCUCACCUCGGAAAGUGACAUGGCUGAGGACUACCCCAAGGAAAACGACUCGUCCAGCAACAACAAGGCCACUUCGGAUCCAUCCAGGAAGUUUCUACAGAGCUGCAAAGACAAGCUGAAGCAGGCAGAAGAGAACAGGAGCUCCGCGCCGCUGGGUUCAACUCCCCUUCAGCCGACGUCGUUCUACGGGAGCCGAUCGGUGACGAAGGACUACAGCCAGAGCCACUCUUUCUUGGACAGGCCAUCCAGUACAGCUCAGACGCCGACGGCCAAGAGGAGCCUCAUCCUGCCCAAUCACUCCACUCCCUUCAAGAAGGUGCGCACCUCUCUGGACUACGGUGGCUGGAACAAGCAGCGGCCCUCCACGCUGGCCCAGCCCCAGCCCCCGCUUCAAGGAUUUUCCAACCUGGGCAACACGUGCUACAUGAACGCCAUCCUGCAGUCCCUCUUCAGCCUCCCGUCCUUCUCCAGUGACAUGCUGAGGCAGAGCAUCCCGUGGAAGAAGCUGCCCAUCAACGCAUUGCUGAGACGUUUCGCUCACCUCAUGGUCAAGAAGGACGUGGGCUGUCCAGAGACGAAGAAGGACCUCCUGAGGAAAGUGAAGAGCGCCAUCUCCUCCACAGCUGAGCGCUUCUCUGGAAACAUGCAGAACGAUGCUCACGAGUUCCUGAGCCAGUGUUUGGACCAGUUGAAGGACGACGUGGAGAAAAUGAACAAGAGCUGGACCAACGAAGCUGCGGCGUCGCCGUCGUCCUCCGUGGGGUGUGAGAACGGCCAGGAGGCGACGUCAUCGGCGGCCAAGGCCGAGCCCGGCGAAGAGGCGGACACCUCCCGCAUCUACACCUGCCCCGUGGCCGUCAACAUGGAGUUUGAGGUGCAGCACACCAUCACCUGCAAAGGGUGUGGCGAGGUCGUGACCAAGCGAGAGCAGUUCAAUGACUUGUCCAUCGACCUACCGCGGCGGAAGAAAACCCUCCCGCUUCGCUCUAUUCAGGAUUCUCUGGAUCUCUUUUUCAGGAUGGAGGAAAUUGAAUACUCGUGUGAAAAGUGCAACGGGAAAUCAGCGACUGUUAUGCACAAAUUCAGCAAACUGCCCAGGGUGCUCAUCCUCCACCUGAAACGCUACAGCUUUAACGCUCAGCUGUCCAUGAACAGCAAGCUGGGCCAGCAGGUGGUGAUUCCCCGGCACCUGACCCUGCUGUCCCACUGCGCUGAAGCCACGCGGCCGCCCUUAAGUCUCGGCUGGAGUUCCCAAACUGCCAUGUCAAGAACACUCAAAACGUCUCAAUUGGUCAACUCCUCCACGGCACCUCUUCGAAGGAUUGGAGGGAAAGUGUCCAACUCCAGCUGCAGCUCCAUUCUCCUGGACUCCGACUGUGAAGAAGAGAACAGAAAGGUGAUUGCGAGUCGCAAGCGGCGCCUCAGCAGCUGUCUGCCCGACGACGACGACCGACCGGAGGAGAGAGGAGCGGCUGUGGACUCGGCGGACUUCGGCGGCAUAAACGACGACGAGAUGCUGGCGGCCGUGCUGGAGAUGAGUCGCCAAGAGGCCGGGCUCUCGGCUCCACCCCUCCUGGAGGACGAGCCGACCAGCAGCCCGGACACGGGCUUUGGAGACUCGGACGCCCACGACCUGGCCUAUCAUACAGAUCUGCUGGAGACGGACAGCAAACAGCCUUCAGAUGUGCUGGAUUCCUUGGACUUGACCAUGGACGAGAACAAGGAGAACCAGACCCCGGAGAGCGUGCAGCAGCAGCAAGGUGAACUGGACUGGGUCCAGCAGUACAGUCUGGACCAGGAGAGGGAAGAACAGGAGCUGCAACAGGCUCUGGCUCAGAGCCUCCAGGAGCACGAGGCCCAGGAGUUGAGAGAGGACGAUGACCUGAAGAGGGCCACUGAGCUCAGUUUGCAAGAAUUUAACAACUCUCUGCCCGAGCUGCUGUGCUCGGACGAUGAUUCUGGCAACGAGGACGUGCUGGACAUGGAGUACACGGACGCGGAGGCCGAGAACCUGAAGAGGAACGCCGAGAGCGGAGACUUGGCCAACUCUUUUCGACUCAUCAGCGUCGUCAGUCACAUCGGGAACAGCUCCUCUUCUGGCCAUUACAUCAGCGACGUGUACGACAUGAAGAAGCAGUCGUGGCUGACCUACAACGACCUGGACGUGUCGCGCACGCAGGAAGCCGCCGUACAGCGAGACCGUGACUGCAGUGGAUACAUCUUCUUCUACAUGCACAAGGAUGUGUUUGAGCAGCUGUCUGAAAUGGAGAGAUCUGGAGUCGGCACCACUCCGGAGGCCGGGAGGAACGUCCUGCAGCCCCUCUGAGUCCACGCCCUUUAGCCGAACCCUCGUGGUCGGCGCUCUCCUCUGAACAACCUUGAGUACUACUGAUUGCCGUACUUUUUUUGGGUGGGGGGGGGUCGUCUCGUCUCGUCUCCAGGCACUUCUUCUUCUUAUUCCCUCUACGAAACUGCUAAACGGCCCCGCUAACUUAUCGACCUGUGAACGCCAACGCGGGUACUAAAAAAAACUCUUUAAGAUAACAGAAAUGGGAGUGUUUAAAAAAAAGAAGAAAAAAAAAAAAAAAAAAAGUUCUGUGGAUCAAAUUCUGCCUUCAUGUUUUUUGGGGGCUGGAGUUUUUCCUUUGCUAUAUGAUAUGAUUUUUAUCAAACAAGCUGUUUUUGUAAAGUUUUCUUUUCUUUUCUCGACACUUCUUCCAACUUUUUUUUUUUUUAAAGCCGCUCACUCAGGCUUUCACUUUAAAAAAAAAAAAAAAAUGCAACUACCGAACACCAGAUGCUACUGGCGUUUCAUGGAUUGUAUUGUUUUGCAGACCCUUUAUUCCCUUCCCCCUCCCCCAUAUAAAACUAAAUAAAGAUAUAUUCUAUGUUGGAGUAUAAGCUAUUAUAGAGUUAGAAGGGGUGUUGUAUUUUAGCGGGUACAUUUGGUGCAAUAUUUAUGUUCUGGCGCAAACUGGGCCAAUUUCAAAUGAGCUUUCUGUCAGAGCGUGUGGAUGUUUUCCAAGUUUUCUGUGCUUGACUUAUAAACUUAAUUUGUGUGUGUGGUUGUCUCCAUAUUAUAGUUUUUUUUUUUUUUUUUUUUAAAGGUCUGUAAGCUUAACAACAAAAGCCUGUUUUUUGUUAACUGAGCUUUUCUCAGUGAAGACUUACCUUUUAUUCUUUUUGGGAUUUUGACUUUGUGCCUCCCAAAAAAACUUUUAUAAAUAUAUAUAUAUAUAUAUGAAUAUAUAUAUACACACGCAAGCUUUACUUUGAAAGUUGUGCAACCUCCUUGCUCUUGAAUAUGUUUGUCGAACCUCAAUGUGAGAGUACAAUUUUAUUUCUUUUCUUCCUUUAUAAAAAGCAAACAGAUUUUUCUAUUUAUUGCAACAUUGGGAUGAUGUGUGAAUCAACCCAUACGACAUAUGCCAUUGCAAAAAGAAGUAAUUAAUACGAGACCACCAGGAAAGAUAGCUUCAGCCUUUAACUUCACCAUAUUUACGGCCAGUAUUCAGCAUUCGACACCGUAGCCCUCGGCUUACCCUGUUCAACUAGUUCCCAUCGGGUGCGCUUGCUUUAUGUACCAGACUUUUUUUUUGUUUGUUACCACUGUAAAAAAAAAAAUUAAUCACGUUUCAGUACAUCGUGAUUAAUGUGCAAUGUUGAAACAUUACGUUUGCUGGACACACUCAGACCAUAUCAAAUUAUUUCCUUAACUCACAACAGCAGAAAAAAA